AUGGCUUCUCGAAAUGUUCGGGUCGCGCUGGUCCAGGCAUCGUCAAUCGACUUUGACCUCCAAGCCAGUGUCGACAAAGCCUGUCAACUUAUUGCCGAAGCUGGUCAGACAGGGGCACAGCUGAUUGCUUUUCCUGAAACCUUCAUCCCAGGCUAUCCCUUUUGGAUUUGGUCUCGAGGGAUUGAUGUUGAAAUGACCAAGCGAUACAUAAAGAGUUCUCUCAAGCGAGACUCGACAGAGAUGGAACGAAUCUGCGCCACUGCCGCAGAGAACAACAUUGAAGUUCACCUCGGUUACUCAGAGAAUGACGAUGAUUCUCUGUACAUUACACAAUCGCAUAUCAGUUCUGAUGGAAUGAUCAGAAUGAGCCGGCGUAAGAUCAAGCCUACACACGUUGAGAGAACAAUCUUCGGCGAAGGCAGUGGAUCAUCCUUGCUCAACGUUGCAGACGUUCCGGGGGUUGGCAAAGUCGGGGAACUUAACUGCUGGGAGCACACUCAACCUCUGUUAAAGUACCAUACCUAUGCCCAAGAGGAGCAAGUCCAUGUCUCUGCUUGGCCAGCGAUCAUGCCGGGUAACAAUGAAGAGACCUUAUGGAACACAACGACAGAAGGACAACAAAGCAUGUCUCGAAUAUACGCCGUUGAAGGCUCCUGUUUCGUGCUGCACUGCACUGGUGUCUUGACCCAAGACACGAUUGAGAAGAUGCAGACACAUUCGGGACAGCUCUACAACAAGCAAGGCGGCGGGUGCUGCGCAAUCUAUGGACCUGAUGGCAGAAAACUCUCGAAUGACCUCCCGGAAGAUGAGGAGGGUAUUCUGUAUGCCGACUUGGACAUGGAUCGGAUCAUCGAGGCAAAGAUGUUUCUGGACGCGUGCGGGCACUAUAGUCGUCCCGAUCUCCUUUGGCUUGGAUCUGAUCACGAGGAGAAGGGAAUCCUUCGCAAUAUCCAAGGUAACCCAAAAGCCAAUGAACUGUGGAUGCGUCAUGUGGCAUGA